AUGAGAUCUUGGCUUAUUUAUCCAUCAUCACAGACGGAAAAUAGUCGUCGAAUUGAGCUUGCUGGUAUUGAUUUACGGAUUGCUCCUUGUAUAAAUAAUAUAUUCGUCUAUCCUUCUGAUUUAAAUAUAAACCAGCUUAACGACGCACUCUCUCGCAGUCUCUCAUUAUGGCCUCUUGUCGCUGGUCGUUGUGUUUCAGUCGACAAUGAACAUUACUUUAUUGAGAUGUCUAACAACACUAUUCCAGUAACCUUAAUCAACAAUAUUGAGCUAAACAAGUGGCCUCUCGAUUCGAAAGUAGUGCGUGAUAGUGGUGAAAGUCAACUUGUCACAUAUCUCGAUGAAGUACCAAGUGUAAAAAUGAUUUUUAAUUAUCCAAAUGAACCUCUUUUUCGUUUGAAAGUUACUCAUAUCGUACAAAGUGGUGAGUGGGUUAUGGGCACAAGUUGGUCACAUGUUCUUGGUGAUGCCUAUACUUGCGCUAAUUUUCUGCAUACUUUAUCACGUUUCUAUCAACAUCUGGAGCCCCUGAAACCAUUACCUAUAUUUGAACGCCGUUUAUGGUGUAAAGACGAAGUUGAUCAAUCACUUUUACCAGCCAUGAAGCAUCUGACCGAUAGUAUACCGACUGAGAAAUGGCUCAAAGCUAAUAGCACUGAAGAAGUAACGCAUGAUCAAUUAAACUUACACUUCUCAGGUGAACAACUCACCAGUUUACGUAGACUAGUUCCUGAUAGUACUCUGACUACACAUGAUGUCAUGAUUGCUUAUAUCAUUAUGACACUGAACACUCAUUGUUUUUCAAAUGACAAACAAAUUAUUUUGAAUAUUAGUAUAGUUGUUAACUAUCAUGGUGUAUCUGAUUCUAUCGCUCCUUCUAAUCUAUUUGCUAAUUGUCAUUUGAGAACAUGGUCUGGCACAUUCGAAGAUCCGUACUCUCUGUCAAAUAUUGCAAAAUCAAUCCGCCGUCUGAUUAUCCAUUCCAGAAGUCCAGAAUUUCUUGAGCGUUGGCUGCCAACUGAAGAUAAAUUUCUUAGAGAUAUGGUCCGUGAUGAUCUUAGAAUGAAUGCUGAUAAUUUCACAAAUGGAAUUGUGGUUAAUUCUAAUUUUCGCUAUGACUGGGCGAGUCUCGUUGAUCUUGGUCAUACUGACAAGUGUCGCUUUUAUACGGAGUGGACAAAGAACUUAUUUUUGCGCAUAUUUCGUUUGAAUCCAACUUACGAUGGUACCCAAUGGGUAGGAAGGGACCGUGAAGGAGCAGAAGUAGCGUUUCGUAUUGAAAAAAUUAUAAAACAAAAAUUUCUCGCUGCAUUACAACAAGAUAUUAAAGAAAAUUUUGUCAAUGUGAAAAAAUAA